AUGAUUUUCAAGAGAUUCUUUUCAUCUUCUAGACUCCUCAAAGAUAGUUUGGUGUUAGUAGAAGGAUCUCAAUCACAAAUAAAUCCUGCGACUUUUUCAACAAUUACAGCAGCAUCAAAAAUCGGAGAACCGAUAACGGCAUUGGUACUUGAUCCAAGUUUAGCAGAAAGUGCAUCAAAAAUUGAAGGAGUAUCAAAAGUAUUGAAAACCAAUGGAUAUGAUCAUUAUUUAGCAGAAGACGUCACGCCAUUAUUAACAAAUUUAAUUAAAGAUAAAUAUAAUUAUUUUUUCACAUCUGGUUCAACUCUUGGAAAAUCAAUUAUACCAAGAUUAGGAGCAUUAUUAGAUGUACAACCAUUAAGUGAUAUUACUCAAGUUAUAGACCCAAAGACAUUUGUACGUCCAAUUUAUGCUGGUAAUGCAUUAGCUACUGUUAAAUCAAAAGAUAAUAUAAUAUUAGGUUCAAUUAGAGGAUCAGCUUUUUCACCAGCUUCAACAAAUCAAUCACCAGUAUCAAUUGAAGAUAUUCCAAAAGUAGAAUCAGAUAGUAGAACUGAAUUUGUAUCUGAAAAUUUAACAAAAUCAGAAAGACCAGAAUUAGGUUCAGCAAAAGUUGUUGUAGCAGGUGGACGUGGAUUACAAAAUAAAGAAAUGUUUGAUAAAUUAAUUGAACCAUUAGCAACAAAAUUAAAUGCUGCUAUUGGUGCAUCAAGAGCUGCAGUAGAUUCAGGAUUUUGUGAUAAUUCAUUACAAGUUGGUCAAACUGGUAAAAUUGUUGCUCCUGAAUUAUAUUUUGCUAUUGGAAUAUCUGGUGCAAUUCAACAUUUAGCUGGUAUGAAGGAUAGUAAAGUUAUUGUUGCUAUUAAUAAAGAUCCAGAAGCACCAAUUUUUAAUAUAGCUGAUAUUGGAUUAGUUGGAGAUUUAAAUGAAGUGUUGCCAGAAUUAGUAGAGAAAAUAUAA